GGUGUUUUUGAAAAGACGUGAACAACAAGGAAGGACGUGAAUCGAGCAAAGAAGUCGUGGGCGCUCAUUCGGAUAAAUCUUUCCUUAUUUGGCCGGCGGAGAAAUCAAACGAGUCACUCAAAUGUCGGAGCAACGUCAGAACAAUUCGCUCGUUCCAGUGCCUGGCGAGAACGACCCAAACAGCGACAAUCCGACGUCGCGGCAACCAGAGAACAUGCAGCAGUUGCUGCGACUCACCUUGGACGCGACGGGCAACAACGAGCAGGCCAAUUACAACCCUCUUUCAGAAGAGAGCCGAAAGUGGCUGAACGCUGCGCUUUCGGACAUGUCGACCAACGUGAUUGAGGAGCUCUCGAAGGGCAUCAAAGUUCUGGAAGGUGUUUCAAACAUCACAGACCGUGACAGCCCAGAAGAGUUCGAGAGGGCCCUUGACAUAAUUACCAGCUAUGUUGACAAUAUGGAUAUUUCAAAUGAUUUUCACAAAAUUGGUGGUUUCACAAUUUUUGACCCACUGCUCUCUUCUCCACACCCUUGCCUGCGCAGCAAAGCGGCAAACCUGAUUGCUGAAGUGACCCAAAACAAUGUCUAUUGCCAGUCCAGGAUAACUCACCUGUUUCCAAAGUUGCUUGAAAUGGUCAGGGAUGACCCUGAGCCAGAGGUUAAGGUCAAGGCUCUCUAUGCCCUCUCUUGCUCACUUCGAGACUAUCCUCCGUCCUUGGAGUACAUUGUGAAGCAUGAUGGUUUUGGUGUCCUGCUCAGCGCCAUGCAGAGUAACAUUGAGAAGCUGCAAAUCAAAGCUGCCUUCCUUCUCAGUGCCUUGUGCUCUGAGAGCAAUGCAGUUAAAGAACAUGUGAUUGAGCGCAAGAUGAUUGACCACUUGGCUGAGCUUUUGACAAAAAAGGACCAGCCCUACGAGCACAUGCUUGCAGCUCUGCUGUCAAUAGUCAGGGACCACCCGCAGGCUCAGGAAGAAUGUAAACGACCUGAGUUGUACUUUUACAACACACUCAUCAAGCUCAGGGAACACUCAAUCAUUUACGAGAACCUGGACCAGAGGCAGCAUUGCCAGGAAUUGCUGACACUUCUCUACAACGAGACCUUCUACAGCUAGUUUUCCAUUCAGUUUUUCAAACUCUCAAACAAAGUAAUAAUUCCAAGUCUGCGUUAGUUGUUGUCUUGCAUAACAUAAAAAUGAUCUAUUAUUAUUGAUGAAAUGAUUGUCUUCAAAUUUGAUCCUGGGCUUUCAUGAACUUAGCAUUAUGGUUGAAACUGAAGUCUGUCAUAUUGUCUUUGCUUUAAUUCAAUUGUCUAUUAAUUUGGAAAAUAUAUUGAUUGAGCAAUAUAUUUGAAAAUU